AUGGCGGGGUACCUGACACACAGACAGAAGGUGCUGCGUCUCUACAAGCGCGCGCAGCGCCACCUCGAGUCCUGGUGCAUCCACCGAGAUAAGUAUAGAUUCUAUGCCUGUUUGCUGAGAGAUCGGUUUGAUAAAAACAAGAAUGAGAAGGAUAUGGUGAAAGCAACGCUACUGCUAAAAGCUGGCGAGGAAGAAUUUUGGAUAAAGCAGCAUCCUCAGCCUUACAUCUUCCCUGACUCUCCAGGAGGCACAUCGUAUGAGAGAUAUAACUGCUACAAGGCUCCUGAAUGGGUCCUGGAAUACUGGCAUCCUUCAGAGAAGGCAAUGUAUCCUGAUUACUUUGCCAAAAGAGAACAGUGGAAGAAGUUGCAGUUGGAAAGCUGGGAUAAGGAGGUCAGGCAGCUAGAAUCUGAAAUUCCACCUGAAGGUCCAAAGAAUGAAGCCUUGCCCCCAGCCCGCAUAGAAGGGCGUUUGCCACCUCUCUGGUGGCAUUACGUAACUAGACCCCGUGAGCGUCCAUAGUAAAAGCAUCCUCCGGUGUACAACUGAACUAGUGGCAGUGGGCUUGUUCUCCACAAAUCAGAUAAAUACCAGUUUGCACGCAUUACCGUAUGUAAUAAACAGUAAGGCUUAACAAAAUAAAAAACACAAGUAUA